AUGACAGUGGGUAUCGGAGCCUUCAUAGGAGCGUAUUCGUUGACAUGGGUGUCUUACACCGCACCUUUGCUGGAGAGCGAGGCUUCUCCCCUCGGGGUUGUGAUGACGAAGAGUCAGACCAACGUCAUGACGUCUGUGGUGACCCUGGGAUCCAUGGUGGCUGCUCUCACCACUGGACAGCUGCCUGAGCUGGUGGGGAGAAAGAAGUCUGAGCUGAUCUGUGGACUAUUAUGUGUCCUCUCCUGGGCCUUAAUCGCGUCAGCCCACUCCGUCACCCAAAUAAUCAUAGCUCGAUUCAUACUGGGCUACGGAGUCGGCAUCCACUUGGUGGUGGUCUUUACCUACAUCAAUGAGAUCUGCCAGGCCUUCAUCAGGGGGACUAUGGCCUCGAUACCGCUCUUCACAUUCUCCAUUGGGGCUCUGGUGUCUUACAUCACCGGAUGGGUGUGCAGCUAUGACGUCAUCAUCUAUCUGAAUCUGUCAGUGUGUGUGCUGUUUGUUUUGUUACUGACUCUUAUGAAGGAGAGCCCAGUGUAUUUGAUCACGAAGAAUGAAACUAAGGAAGCUCUGACGUCACUUAAGUUUUAUCGUGGCACGUCUAAAACUACGACGGCAGUUUUGGAGGAAUUCGAGUAUUUGAAGACUCAACGACAGGGUUAUACAAAAGUAAACAAGGAUGACAAUAUUAUCCUAGAACACAUUGGCUGUGAGAAAGAGAAAGAAGGCAGCGCCGAUGAUAUUUCUCCUUGGAAGAUACUGAGGACAUCGAAGCCGACCCAGCGAGCGAUCAUCACGCUGACUGCCCACGUCAUCAUCACAGCAUUUAUGGGAGCUAUGGCGGUGCAAGCAUAUGCCGUCCACUUCUUCCUGGCAGCAGCACCAGAUCUAUCCCCGCAUUUAUGUUCAGUCAUCUUGGCUGUGGCGAUCGUGAUCGGGAACAUUCUGGCAGUACUGUGCACGGAUUUGGUUGGGAGACGGUUGUUGCUAAUAUCUACUUGCGCCAUCUGUACUAUCUGCCUCGGCGUUCUGGUCGGCCUUCUGCGCUGGUCAGGCAGUCCAGCAUGGGCAGUUCCAUUGGUGAUGCUGCUCUACUCCUGUGCCUUCCAGGCAGGAGUGAACAACGUGCCGUUGGUGCAGCUGUCAGAAUCUUUCUCGCCAAAGGUGAAGAGCUUAGCCUCCUCCAUCGUCAUGAGCAGCACUUGCUUCAGCAACUUCGCUUUGCUCUCAAUAUUCAGUCUUCUUGUGGACCACCUGGGUCUUGACGGAACAUUCCUGAUGUUCUGUGUCAUAUCUGCGGCAGCUACUGUGCUGACCUUUUUGACGGCGAAGGAAACCAAAGGGAUUAGGCUAGAAGAGAUACAGGGCAUGUACGAGAGGGGAUUUUUAUAUUACAAAUAG